UAUAGUCUUCAAAGUUAAAUCGAUCAAACUCAACAUAUCAAAUUGAUUCAUCGGAUAUCACCUGUUUAUUAAGUGACAAUCUGAUCCUUGAUAUUAUUCUUAUUCUUCAAUAACAAGUGUUAAUAAUUGAACAAUACAACGAAUAAACCUACGUAGUUUGAAAUUCCAAAUUUUGUUUGUCAAAAGACAAAAAAUAAGUGCACGAAUGUUAUCAUCAUUGAUAAAAGUUACUUCCAUUUUACUGGAGUGUCAUUACGUCACGAAAGUAGCAUAGAUACAUUAUCACCGUCAUGUAAUAUGGCCGACAGGAGAUUAAGUAGGGAGAAGGAAUAGGAACUUAGAUCUUUAAAGAAUAUUGUCAUUUCUACCGCGAUGGCGUUAUCUCGAAUAAGUCGCUGUUCUGAUUUGUUAACUACAUUUAAUCGCAACUUACAACCAGUUGGCAUAACAAGUUAUCCGAUCAAUAAGAUACAAUUCAAACACCGGGAAACGGUACCAAGGAACCAAACGAAGAUUUUACACGUAACGAGCAUACAUCGUUAUCCCGAUCCACCGACUUUGCCACUUCCCAAUAACGUUUCGGAAAUAUUUGCAAACGAGACAGGUCGAUUCACUCCGGAACGAACAAGGGACAUAGCAAGUCCGAUUUUGAUUUAUGGUGCGAAUAGAGUCACCGCCAACAACAACUCAUUCUCGUUCUUGUCCUUUAGCGACAAGAGAGAAUCGUUCAGUGGACAAAGAAAUUUCCCGAUCGUACGCGAGGAUACACACGUAGAUUUGUACGAUUGUUCAGGCGCGAUCAGUUUAAAUGGUAGCAUGCAAAGUAAUGUACCAAAACCUUUCUGUUCAACCGGCAAGUCGACUCAUUUCAAUAUGCCAGGUGGACAGUGGGCUAAAGAUAGCAAAUAUAUUGCCGAAGAUAUGCAAAAAUCACAUUACAGACUUAGCAGCAUUAAUAUUCUAUCGUCCGAUCAAGUUAAAAAUGGUAUCAUAAACGAAGCCAUUUUAAUGAGACCACUCUGCAAUAAAUUGUUACAUCCGAUUUAUAUUGAUCUUAUGAGGUACUCGACGAAUGCGUCAACACCGGUGAAUACUACAAAUUCAGAGGAUAAGAUAAAAAAGAAAAUAAUACAGAUUAAAAGAGAAAGAUUUAAAAUGAUCGUAAAGGAUUAUGGGAAAGUUGUUAUUGUAUUUCACGUCGCCAUUUCUCUAAUAUCACUUGGCUUCUUUUAUACGGCUGUUGUUAGUGAAAUAGAUCUAGUGCCUUAUAUCGAAAAGAUUUAUAAUAUCGACAACGAAAAAAUAAUGAAAGUUUUGAACGACUCGUCCGGAUUUUUAUUGGCAUAUACAAUUCACAAAAUGUUAGCGCCAAUACGAUUAUCUAUUACUUGUGGUGUAACGCCAUGGCUCGUUUCAUACUUACGAAAAAAGGGCAUUUUGAAGCGACCAAUGCCGAAAAAAACAGAAUGAAUUUUCACUUAAAGUUGAUCGAUAUAAAAACUAAAAGGAAUAAUAGUUUCUAUGAUAUUUAUACAUAAGUAUCGAUGGCUUUAUUAAGUUCGACAUAUAAAAUUAAAACUUCCAUGAGUAUUGUAUAACAUGCAUGCGACACGUGGUUCUCGUUCAAAUAAGAACGAAAUAAAUUUUUGUACCUGUGCGGAUAAAUAUCGCGCAUAUUUAAGAGUAUAAAUGGAUGUUAUAAAUUUAUAUCCGUAUAAAAAUUGAUCGUAUAUUAAAUAUAUAUAUAUAUAUAAUUAUUUGUAUACAUCCAUCUCAUUCGCUAUCAAAUAAAGUAUAUAAUAUAUUUAGCAGUGUAAUAAUCCUGCACGUUACGCGUAUUUUACGUACAAUACUUAAUACUCUAACAGCAAGCAAACAUGCGAUCCUCUCUUUGCAAGUCAUACAUAUUAUCAGCGUGAGAAUAGAACUUGCGUAACGUACAUACGUAAAACUUCGGCAGUUUUCAAUGGACGAAUUGGUAAUAGUCUUGGAACAUUGUGAUUAAACUUGGUUCUCAAGAAUGAUCUUGAUAUCAAGUAAAGUUCGUUUUACGAAGUACAUUUCAUCAUUGUGAAAGUCAUUCUCGCAAAACAUUUGGUUAAUAAAUAUUCUUUCUAACAAA